UCACUGGCUGUCGCUUCCCAUCCCAAUCUAAUAUCUAUUCAUUUCAACACAACACCAUCAUCAUCGUCGUUAACUUCGAAAAACCACUUCCCAAAUUGCAACUGCACCUUUCUGUAACUUCUGCAUAAACCCCAGAUUUCUUUUCAAUUUUUUAAUAAAACAAUGUUGAAGCUGUCAUCAUGCAAUGGCGCAGACCGGGUUCAGUUGCUAGCCCAAUGCGGCUUCGCGCCGCAUCGGCCCGCUUCUGUUCUCGCCGGUCGGAUCGGGUUCCGGACUCCGGCGACGAGGGUAUCGCCGGUUCUGGCUGUGGUGUCGGAGAAGGACGGUGCGGUGGCGGUGAACCGGGUUGGACCGGAAUCGGUGAGCUUGGCGGACCGGUUGCGGCUUGGGAGCUUGACGGAGGAUGGGUUGUCUUAUAAGGAGAAGUUCAUAGUGAGGAGCUAUGAAGUUGGGAUCAAUAAGACUGCCACUGUUGAAACCAUUGCUAAUCUCUUGCAGGAGGUUGGAUGUAAUCAUGCUCAAAGUGUUGGAUUUUCAACUGAUGGUUUUGCGACAACUACUACCAUGAGAAAAUUGCAUCUCAUAUGGGUGACUGCCCGCAUGCACAUUGAAAUCUACAAAUACCCUGCUUGGAGUGAUGUUGUUGAGAUAGAGACUUGGUGUCAAGGGGAAGGAAGAGCUGGAACAAGGCGUGAUUUUAUACUUAAAGACCCUGCAACAGAUCAAGUCAUUGGACGAGCAACAAGCAAGUGGGUAAUGAUGAAUGAGGACACCAGGCGAAUUCAAAAAGUCUCUGAUGAUGUUCGGGAGGAGUAUUUGGUUUUCUGUCCUCGGGAACCCAGGUUAGCAAUUCCUGAGGCGAAUAGCAAUAGCAUGAAGAAAAUUCCGAAAUUGGAAGAUCCUGCUCAAUGUUCCAGACUUGGACUUGUGCCUAGAAGAGCAGAUCUGGACAUGAAUAAACAUGUUAACAAUGUCACCUAUAUUGGAUGGGUGCUCGAGAGCAUGCCUCAAGAAAUCAUUGAUAGCCAUGAGUUGCGAAGUAUUACCUUGGAUUACAGACGAGAAUGCCAACAAAGCGACAUCGUCGAUUCGCUCACCAGUGUGGAACUAAUUGAGGGUUCUGAGGUGGUUCAUGGUACAAAUGGAUCUGCAUCUGCCGCCAUAGCACAGCAAGACAAACAAGACCGUCAGCAGUUUCUGCAUCUCCUUAGAUUGUCAACUGAAGGACUUGAGAUCAACCGCGGGCGAACAGAAUGGAGAAAAAAAGCUCCAAGAUAAGGACUAUUUAGUGUGCUUCUGCUUGCAUUAUUUGUGAUAUUUUUAUCUUGUUAAUCUUUCAUGUGUUUUCAAGUUUGUCUUAUUUUUCCUAUAAUAUUUUGCUCAUUAUUCAUGUAACUUGAUAGGGAUUGGAAAGCUAGAUAUUGUUGUUGCUUUCUUGUCAAGCUCACAAAUUGGAAUGAUAUUCCAAAUCCUUUAGUUAGACUAAAUAGUUACACAUGCCUUCCUUGGGCUAUAGUAACUUUUCUUGAGUUGACAUCUCUUUCAGAAUGUCAUUGUAAUUUGUACGUUAUAGUAUGUUAUAGUACGCCCUGGAAGUUGAAAUUA